UCAACCUUUUUAAAAAAACUGAGCCAACCUGUUGAGCGUAAGUGAAAAAAGGGUGUCGGCAUCUCCGAUUCAGUUAGUAGAGAAUAGGCUGGUCUUAUAUGACAUUCGGUUACCACUCUGCACAAACACCUCGCUUUCCUUGUGCCUUUUAGAGGUAGUCUCUGUUGAGUCAUGGCAAAGAUCACAGCCCUGGUCCUGGUUACCUUUUUGUCCCUUGUUUAUGCUGAGGAAAACCAAGCUGAAGAAGAGGACCCCUUCACUUUUGACUACCACAGGCUCCGUGUGGGGGGUCUGAUCCUGGCCGCUGUGCUAUGCUUGAUUGGCAUCACUAUUCUGCUGAGUGGACACUGCAGGUGCAAGUUCAACCAGGACAAAAGGAGGAGAACAGGAAGUGGUGCUGCUGGCCAGCAGAUGCUCAACGAUGCAGCACGGGCCAGUGAAUGCUAAGAGCCAAUCAGAGGACCACAUGAGCGCUGACAUAAUCUGCAACGAUAAUUGACCAAAUGGACAGGGGUUUAGGACAUAGAAAGGGAGAGUGGGUAGAGUGGGUUCUUCCUUGCAUUGGCUAAUGCUUAGAAGAUGCUGAUUGGAUAAUGGUAUGGAGGGGGAGUGGGGCUUCAUACUCCAGGGGAAGUUGAAGUAAAUGGAGACACAACCAAUGCACCUGCACCGUCCGGCUCUCAGGCUAUAACCUCUGUGGGACCUGGAGCGCAAGUCAUCCUUUCAAAGCUGUAAUGUUUUCAUUUCUGAUUUUUAAAAUUUUUUUUAUUUAGACUGACACCCCUUCAAAGAGCCGUUUCCUGACAACUACAUCCGUUGAUUUCGGUAUAUAUAUAUAUAUAUUUUUUUUUUAAUUUCUUUUUCUAUUUUAAAAUCAAGAUGCUAAGGCAGAAGUGUACCGUCAGCUUGUCAGUCUGUUUAUAAGCAGAAGUGUGCAGAAGUGCAUUUAUCAUUGCCUUAUUUUGUAGAAAAGCUCGUAAUCCAUUUUUGUCAGAAUGAUUCGGUAGUUGAAUAAUUGAAUGCUCUCGGUACAUACGCAGCGCCAGUAAUUAAGAAAUGUUUUUAUGUCGUGAGUGUUAUUGUUCCCUCUGAUUAAUUAUUUAUACAAAUAAUAUUUGAAUGGAAUUUGAAGGUCUGAAAAUGUUUAUUUGAAUUUUAGCACCCCCCUACACACACACGCGUGCACACGCACCUUUCACUGGCUUUAUUGCAGUAAUGAGGUUGUAUUACAGUAAUGAUACUAUUAGAUGUUGUUUUAAUACUGCAAACUUUAGUUUUUUGACGCCUUAACCACAAAUACAAACAAGGCAAGGAAAACUCUCCCUAUUAAACCGUUUGCUGUACGAGAAAAUAAAUGUAUGUACUCACAAGCUUUUUAUUAACACUGUGUGUCAUUCUGUUAACUUGGUCACUAUACCAAAGGUGGUCAAAGUUAUGUUCAAAGCAAAUAUUAGGGUUUUUUUUUUUGUUCCACAGCCCUACUUGCGUGAGCUGAAAAUGAGUUUUUUCCACAUAUUUCUGUCAUUUUAUGCCACCUUUUUCAGCUACCAUGAGAACAACUCCGAUGUGUAUUUGUGUGAUGUGUCAUAAAUGUAAUUGAAGUUAAACAUGUUCUGAAAGUGCAGAGUUUUAAUAUUUCGCCUUUUUCCCAUGGACAGUGUAUUUAAGUUCUCUUUCCAAAUCUUCCCAAUCGAUGCUAUCUUGAACUUGAUGAAAGAUUGAGUGUCCUGCACAGUUGGGCUCAGUUUAAUUUCAGUUCAGCUCAGUUCAGAAAAUUAAUUGAAAUUCACUUCAUGAAUUGAAAAAUCCUCAUGUUCUGCAAGGACUUGUUCAGUUAAUGAACUGAAUUUCAAGUUUGUUUCCUGGAUUCGGUGGGAUUUACCCCAAGCGUGGCGUCACUGCUACUUCAACUAUUAUAAUAAGGGCAGUUUAAGCAAAAGCCACUGACAUCAGAGUUGUACAAAACGGGAUGAGCCAACAAUAAACAGAAGACAGGGAGGGCAGUCUCCACUCCUAUCCGCAUAGGGUAUAGGUCUGAUUUGCUUUUGUCUAAUGCAUGUUUUUUUUUUUUUUUUUGGUUUUUCAGUAUUCUCUACCGCUGUGUUAUUGCUGUCAAGUUUUACAUAUCAUUGGUUUUAUUUGGCUUGUGAGCAAACACUGGUUUGUGUAAAAAAAAAAUGUUUAAGUCUAUAAAACUUUCACUGCGUGACCUUUUCCCACCAACAUACAUUCAAAUGUUUAUACGCUAGUUUUACUUAUGUUAUGAGACAUUAUUUUACUUUUUUGAACACAAUCUCAUGUAACCAGAAUAAUUCAGAACACAUUUGAUUUAUGGUUUUCAUUCUAUGAAAUAUAAUACAUAGAACAGGUGUCACUGAGCACAUUAGCUGGAUGUGAUGAUGCAGUAGUAUAAGCUGUGUUGUUAAAAAAAAUACACUGAAUGUUAUGCUUGCAUAAUAUUAAUUAGUGUCAGACUUUUGAAGCAGUGAGUAUAUACAUAAUGAAUAUUACUGAAUUAAAGAAACUUGUGUCUGAAAACAUGA